AUGUUCGACAUCAAUGUUCGCGCACCACUAUUUUUGAUCAAGGCUGUGGUUCUACAUCUUCGUAAGCCGGGCAGAAUCAUCAACGUACCAUCCAUUGGUUCGCGCGCCGGCCCACCCAACCUUUCCGUCUAUGCCACGUCGAAAGCAGCCGUCGAAGGCUUGACAAGAAGUCUUGCACAUGAGCUGGGAGAUGAGGGCCAUACUGUUGGCUGUGUUUCUCCACAACCGGUAGAGUCAGACGUGCUGGAAAACCUGCCAGAAGAAUCGAGAGAUUAUGUGUUGAAAGGUACGGCGGUAGAGCAUCGUGUACGAACUGCAAAUGAUAUCGCGCAGGUUGUAUGCUGGAUAGCAAGUGAAGACUCAAAGUGGAUCUCGGGACAAACAAUAUCGGCUUCAGGUGGUUUCGUGAUGUUGUAG